CAGGGGGACAGAACGCAAGAGAGAAAAGAAGAGUUUAGAGAGUAGCCGUUUGAUUGGUAUUCAUUGAAUUGCUGAGGGAAAAUAAGAAAUGGACAGCGUUGUUGGCUUCGUGGGUUUAAAAUGAGACACUCAACGGAAUUCGUCAUCUUAUAUAUUAAUUUUCGAAUUCGAUAAGCAACUUCUGACUAUGUCUUGAAUGACGUCGUGAUCAGCUCAGCGGUGGGCAAGAAAACCAUGAGCUGCAACCAGAAGAAAAAAGAGGGAAAAACCAGAGGCUGCCAUCCUCUGCAACCAAAAAGCCAAUGGCUGGCAAUAUAGUCAAAUUCUUUGCCUGCCCUUCUCAUUUAUUCCUUCUUACCACCGUCUAUUUGGUCAUCAAGUGCCCAGAUUUCUUCCUUCAUCUUCCUGAAGACAAUGCCCAAUGGCUGAUUCCGAGCCAAUCCAUUUCAACAGAACCUACCCUGCUGCUCCCCAUGAUGUGCCCCCAGUCCUGCCACAGUACUCCGAUCAGAAGACCAGCCGACCCAGUUGCCAUUGCCGGAUCUGCGCCAUGUUUAUGUGCGUGGUCGUCAUUUUUGUCAUCCUUGGUGCAGCUGCAUUCCUCGCCCUGUACGUUCUUCGGCCUCGUGCCGUGACUUACUUCGUAGAGGAUGCAUAUUUGUCAGAGUUCAACUUAACCAGCAAGGGCACUCUGCAAUGUAAUCUCAAACUGGAUGUAAGUAUAACGAAUCCGAACAUGAUGUUUGGCGUCUACUACCAGAAGCUCGACGCAUCUGCAUAUUAUGAUGAAGAAUUGAUUGGCUGGGUUUUCCUGCCUACCUUCUAUCUGGGACGCAACAGGACGGUCUCGAUUCACCCUGUUUUCGGUGGGCAGUCUGUAAUCGGGCUCAAUGGCUUGAGGGUCAGUGAUUCCAUGAAGCAGAGAUCAGAUGGUUUUUACAGUAUAGAUAUUGAGAUUCAUGCCAAGAUGAGGCUUAAAUUUGGGGCAUUGAUGACAGACAAGUUCUGUCAAAAAAUUUGGUGUGAAUUGAUGGUUCCCCUGAUGCCAUCGAGCAACUCUGCCUUCAGAAAUGGUGAAUUUACAAGAACCGAAUGUAAAGUGGAAUACCUGGAUUGGUUCUUUCCUUUUAAAUCCCUUCAAGGACUUUAGUGUGAUUCUUGCUAAUGUAUGAUUAUUGUGUAUGGACAGAAUAAUAUCAAUUACUCGUUUA